GGAGCAGCGGCUGUUGCUGAGAAAGGGUUGACCGGUUUUUGGGAGAGCGUAAAGAACAGGUCGGUUUCGAACUGCGUAGCAGCGUACUUCAUUUUCUCCCGUCUCAGCCCUGAACGGCUGUUCACAGAGCAGUCCAGGUUGUGAGCUGUCUCCCACACCCCUCACUUAUUUCGGCUGAAGGCCUUCCCCGUUGUCAGGUUUUCCCGACCUGUUCGAACAUCAUGAGCUUCUUUAGUUUUGGGCAGAGCGCGGAAAUUGACGUGGUGUUAAACGAUGCCGAGACCCGCAAAAAAGUAGAACAUAAAACUGAAGACGGAAAGAAUGAUAAAUACUUGUUGUUCUACGAUGGAGAAACUGUGUCCGGAAAGGUGAACGUCACCCUGAGAAAUCCUGGCAAAAAGUUCGAACAUCAAGGAAUUAAAGUGGAGUUCAUCGGGCAGAUCGAACUGUACUAUGACCGAGGAAAUCAUCAUGAGUUUGUGUCUCUGGUUAAAGAUUUGGCUCGGCCUGGUGAGAUGACACAAUCCCAAACCUUUGACUUUGAGUUUACACAUGUAGAAAAACCAUAUGAAUCGUACACUGGUCAGAAUGUGAAGUUGCGGUAUUUUCUGAAAGCAACUAUCAGCCGCAGGUUAAAUGAUGUUUCAAAGGAAAUGGAUGUCGUUGUUCAUACCCUAAGUACCUAUCCUGAGAUGAAUUCGUCUAUCAAAAUGGAAGUUGGGAUUGAAGAUUGCCUACACAUUGAAUUUGAAUACAACAAGUCAAAGUACCAUUUGAAGGAUGUAAUUGUAGGAAAGAUAUAUUUCUUACUGGUUCGCAUCAAAAUCAAGCACAUGGAGAUUGACAUCAUAAAAAGGGAAUCUACAGGAACUGGACCAAAUGUAUUUCAUGAGAAUGAUACAAUAGCAAAGUAUGAAAUAAUGGAUGGAGCUCCAGUCAGAGGUGAAUCCAUUCCUAUAAGGCUUUUUCUGGCUGGAUAUGAAUUGACUCCAUCUAUGAGGGACAUCAACAAGAAGUUCUCCGUACGGUACUACCUCAAUCUUGUACUCGUAGAUGAAGAAGAACGGAGAUAUUUCAAACAGCAGGAAAUUACUUUGUGGCGAAAAGGAGAUAUAGUUCGAAAGAGUAUGUCCCACCAGGCCGUUAUUGCAUCACAGCGCUAUGAAGGGUCAGCAAGUGCUGAAGACAAACCUUUAAUUUCAAAUCAAAAUGCAGAUAACUAGUUCACGUCUCUGCCUCCAUGCUGUUAUCUAGAUUAGCAAUAUAAGCUGCAGAAAAAUUUAUCGAUGGAAAGAAAUGAGUAUUCAAAGUUGAUUCAAUUCCCUUUCAGAAGACAUCUUUUGGACAGGAAAAAUAGGAUUGAAAUUUAAGUAUUUACCUCUGUGUUUUAAUAUCAGUUUAAAGCAAUUUUUGUGUUGCUUUAAAGAUAUUUGCUGAAGCAUACAAAUGCAAGCAAAGCUUAGAAUCUGAGUCCCACUAUCACUAAUCUGAUUUUUUUCUCAGGUACAUUGGUUUCCAUCUACUAUUGAAUACCCUUGAAUGCAGCUUUGCUUUAUCAGCUAUGCUAUGUGGAAAAUCAGUAAAUUUCCUUUGAUAAUAUUUUAGGCAUUGCAUCAAUCCUACACUGAUUGCUUAUUAGUGUUGACCCUACUUACCUGUAUUUUGUCUCAGAAAAUUCAGGCAUUGACUCUUUUGUCUAAAAUUAUUUGGUUUUAUCUGAGAAAUAUUUGAAUAUUCCCAUUAACAUUAUAUAAAAUAUUAUUGUUCCUAUAUGGGAUUGAUAUACCUAGAUGAUUUGCAUGAAUCAAAGGAUCUGGUCCUUAACUGUAAGACUUCGUUGUCUACCUUUACAUAGUUUCUUAGUGUCUUGGUAUAUGUGCUGCAUAAGGCUGCCUGCUCCUAAAAGAUCCUAGUGUUUAGCUAAUAGAAAUUCCCAAAUACUUUCCAGGCAAUCAGAAGAGAUCAACUUGUUCUUAAAAUUAGGUUGAAUUCUCAACUUCCAGUGUUAUUGAGUCAUGUUUGUUUUUCCAGGUUUGCUGAUUUGUGAGUAUAUAUAUAUAAUUCUUCUUCCAAUAUUUUUUUAUUGUUUCAUAUACACAAAUACAAAAUUCAUAAAGAUACUUAUUGUAAAUCAAAAUAAGAUAGCUCAAAAUGCACUGUAUAUAAAUCACACUGAUACAGUCAGUGGUAUCCCAUAAUGAUGAUCAAUCAAAUA